AACUGACUGAAGUACUUUGUUCGACCAUCGAGAUUUCUUUCUUAUUUUUCUUAAACAUUGGCCAGUAAAUAUUUCAGAAAAUAACUCAUAAACACUCUCAAUAGCUGGAGCAUUGGUUAUUUCAAUACAAGAGGACGAUCGCUGACAUGGAUUCCGCACAAAUUGACAAUCUUUUCCUUGGUAUUCUCCAAAACUGUGGUCAAAUUGAACCGUUUUUGGACAUAAUUUUUUCCUUUUUGGCCAGAAGGACAGAUUUUUUUCGAAUAAUGCACAAAAAGGAUGACAAAAUGGGUUUCCCCGAAGGCAUAGCAGAGAAAAUGKUUAUGAAGAUAUUCAAGAAAUACCAAAGCAUAGUUCUUGGAAGUGUUGAUGUAAGCAAAGAAAAGAAAACAAGCAAAUCUAAGACCAAAACAGAAGCCAGAACUGAUACUUCUUUGGAUAGUACCCAAGAAAAACAACAAGAAAAAGAACAUAAAGAAGAAGAAAAACAAAAAUCUGAGAUGUCUGUAGCAGCUCCAACUGUGGUUGCUUCAACUGUGGAGGUAACAUCAUCCGAUGUGGACCAACCUGUCCAUGAGCAGCCUUGUUCAUCGGACGUACAAGAUGAAAAGAGUAGUAGAGCACAUGAUACAGAACCAAGUGAAAAAUCUUCAGAAUCUGAGUCCAAGCUUUUAGAACCAGGCAAGCUUCCUGAAUGCUAUAAUGGUGCAGUUUUGGAUAGGUACACAUGGUCACAAACAAUUAAGGACAUAGACAUUAAAGUGCCUGUGCCAAAAUGUGUUCAGCGAGCCAGAGAUCUGACUGUGGAAAUAAAAAGCACAUCUUUGAAAGUUUGUUUGAAAGGGAACAUUGCAUCUGAAGAACUGCCUCCUGGAAAUAAUGUUCUCAUUGAUGGGGAACUCCAGAGAACAGUAAAAUGUGAAGAAUCCAUGUGGUCAUUAGAACCAGGAAAAUGUGUCCAGAUUAACCUGGAAAAAACUGAGGAACGAUUCUGGACAGCUGUAUGUAAGGGAGACCCUGAGAUUGACAGAACCAAGGUGGAUUCUACGAGGAAUAUUGAUGACUUUGAUGAACAAACACAAACAGAUUUCCAGCAAGUUAUGUACGAUCACCAACAAAAACUAAUGGGCAAGCCUACAAGUAAAGAAAAGAAAACCCAUGAUUUGCUAGAAAAAGCCUGGAAUGCAAAGGGAUCACCAUUUGCUGGCACACCAUUUGAUCCUUCACAAGUGAACCUAUCAGGCUGAAAACUUUAAGACUGAAUUUCAAGAACAAGUGACUCAUUAUUAAGCCUUUUCCGGACCCCUUAUAUAUUAAUAUACUGCAAUGAAACAUUGCCUUUUUCAAGGCCAGGAAGUCAUGUUUUUGACACAAAUUUUAAAGGAAGACUGUUGAGGACUUAGUGGCACAUAGGAUUGUGGGAACAAAAUUGAAUUACAAGAAGGUAUAACAUUGAAAGUUGCAUGUUGAAAAGUAUGAAUUGACAAAAAAAAAAAUUAAUAGAAUACUGUGCAAGCAUGAGGUCUUUGGAACCACUUGAAAAGAGUGUUGUUAUUAUGCUGUUUAUUAGUUAUAUAGUUUAAUUUACUGAACAUGAGAAUGAAAUAGUAAAAAUUGAAAAUUAAAUAUAAUAUUAAGGAUUGCUCAUUUAUUAAGUAAUGCUUCAAGGAACAAGAAACGACCUUGAAAAUGGGGCAUUGUUUCAAAUUACAUAGAGUGGAUUGGUAUAAGAUUGAAGGUAGGGGCUGAAACUAGUUUACUGCUCCCUUCUUUAGUCACUAUGACCUAAUAAGAGGCUGCGAUGAUGUAACAUGCAAUCGAAGAAUUGAAGGUGCAUAAAUAGGGGUUAUAAGAUGUUUUAGAUAGAAAGUACUAAGGUUAGAUACAAAUGUGGGCUUGCUCCAACAAAGCCCUAAGAAAGCCUACCAAACUUUUUUAACCUUCAAAAUCAAAUUCAUAAAAUUCUUUCAAUAUUUUUAAAAAACCCUAAGAAAAUAUCUGUAAAACUAUGGAUUAAAACUGUUUCACUUCUU